AAAUAAAGGCUUGGUACCUGCACUCGUUUAUGCGGAAUUAGGUAUAUCUGGUGCCGGUUUCCUGAAGUGUAUAAAAACUUUUAUUUAGGAUAAGAUGCACACUCGAGCAAUUCGUAGAGGAUGUGAACACUGGUGGUUUAGCUGAGCAUAUGGACUAUAUGAAGAAAUCGAUGCAUAAACAUGAAUUGAGUGCAUUGGUUAUUCAGUGCAUGUAUUGUUGGGAGAGCUUAUAAGGAGCUUUGAAGUUUGAAGCACUCCGCAACAUGCUCGAAGUCUUGGGGUUCUUAGCCCAAGUCUUUACAAGUUGAAUAUUAUUUUCAUGUUUAAGCUAUGUGGAUUUUUAUCCUCAAUAUAUUUAGUGUGGCUCAUUUGAAAAUAUUAAUCUUGAAAUCUAACGGCUUGUAUGAGAUUUUCAGAUGGAUAGAAUCAAGCCCGCUAAGAUGGGUGCAACCAUGUUGACCAUCUUCUGGUAAAUUAUAAAAUUUUAAAUGAGAUGGUUAACAUGAUGGUGAGCCAGGCAACACUUUGGGUUCAAUUUUGUGCAAGUGUUGGAUCUUUGGUCAAAAAAUACAUUUGGUCUGCACGUGGGGGUGGCUUGAUGAAUACAAGAUUAAAUGGAUAUACGAGGCCAUUUCUAAUAGUUUAAGCUUUUAAAUGAGUAGGUUAACAUAGGAAUCUCUUGUUGUGUGCAUACACUUUUUCCCUCAGCAAGAAUAAAUGCUACCCAUGCUUCUCAUCUGUAUGUCUAUUGUCUAGUUUUGCAAUACCAUUUUGUUCGAAACACGCAAAAACUUUUAACCACUUUUGAAUGGUUUCAGCUAAGUUGAAGCAAAAGCCACGAAGUAACUAUAAGAUAGGAGGAAGAUUUAUUAAACUGAAUUUAGUCAGUUUCUUUUAUCAUCAUUCCCAAAGCCCUCUUGUGGAUUUUUCUGGUGAAAUAAUCCUUGUGAAUUAGUGUGAAAUUUUUGAAUUUUCUGUAAUACCAUAAAGUUUUAUUUCUUCUGGGAAAUUAUUAUAUUGAGUUCCAGUCUGUUAUAGCCUCCUGCUGUUAGAAUUGAAUCCUUGCUACACCUGGUGUACGUCAUCUAGUUGUUACGAUCACAAUUUAUGGCGUAUUAAACACAUCCUGUCCAUGUUAAAGAGACCACACUUAUGUUGAAGGUUAGCGAGAUGGAAGCUAUUCUUCAAGCGCACAACUGUUCUGUGCCUGCACGUGAAAUUCUGGAAGCUCUUGCUCAGAAGUUUAGUGCUUCAGCUGAAAGAUCCGGAGUGGUUGAGGUUACGGUGAAACAAGUGUGGAAUUGGUUCCAAAAUAGGCGAUAUGCUAUUAGAGCAAAAGCCUCGAAGACUGUCGUUCCUGCACAGACAAACAUGCCUGCCAUGCCUCGAGAUGAUCCAACUACAGUUAGAACUACAGCUCAGACCUCUCAAACUCAGCCUGCUCCUUCAAGUAUUAUUGAAUUGUCUCAUGUUAAGAAGCUUCUAUAUCAAUUUUUUACUGUCAUCAAAUUUAGCAAGCUUUUCCAGGUAUUUUGCUGCUUGUAUUUGGUUCUAAUUUGUAUCAUACUUUCAUCCAGCUCCAGUGAAAAAUAUGCCUCAAGUACCCCAUCCUAUUACUGCUCCUUCAGGUAGAUAUUAAGCUGUUGAUGAAUUU